UUUUUAAAAACAUCGAAAAGUAUCUCCCUGCCAAUCAUAAACCGUGGGAUUGACAAUACUUAGUCCCGAAUGUCGGGUUUGGUGACCUAUGAGUCGUCUUCCGAUGGCGACAGCAGCAGCAGCAGCACCGAAGACACUGCAUCUCCCAAAGUUUUGAAAAGUCAGUUUGUAACAACUAUAAAUGUCGCUCCCGAAGUUAUCCACAAGGAUGAAUUUUUACCGAUUAUCCCAGUUGAUCCGCAGUCACGAGAGUUAGUUCAUAACCCGACGGUGGAACAGCUAUAUGCUCCGGUGUUCGGCCCAGCGAACCCAUUCAAAUCUGAAAAACAACUUGCUCCGAAAAACAUUCUCAGUGGCUUGGUUGAAGAGACCCAUGUAAAUACCUUCGCUUUCGAGACCCAACAUCGAACUUUCAUGAGUUUCGGUUACGCUGAAGAUCCGUCUGUUGAAGGGGGUCAAGAACGGCGUCUGGUUGGUGAACCAGAGAGAAUCGAGUGUAAUGAAGGAAAAACCGUGUUCGAAAAAGCAAAGAAGCCCAAGGUAGACGUUCGAAAGCGUGACAGUAACUGGGACCCAACUAGUGAAGAUUACACUGGUCCUUGGGCGAAAUACAAGGACGAAGUCACCGUUUCCGUGCCUUCUGAAGAAGACCGGGUCUAUCUGGAGGCAUAUUUGGCCAAGAAAGCCACAAAAAGACGAGUUGUCGAGGAGGCUCCUGUCGAAGAGAAAUCCGUGUUACACAUACCAUCAGCAGUGGACUAUCAGGGUCGUAGCUUUUUACAUGCUCCGCAUGAUAUACCGAACGUCAACCUCCGAUCCACCGACCCGGUAGACCGAUGUUUCCUGCCGAAACGAAUGAUUCACGAGUGGAACAAUGCCCAUGCUCGUGGAGUGGCCGCCAUUCGACUGUUUCCCAAAACCGGUCACUUGCUACUUUCAGCUGGCAUGGACACAAAGGUCAAACUGUGGGAAUUGUAUAAAGAACGUCGUCUCGUUCGCAGUUACAUGGGACACCGUCAAGCAGUCCGCGACAUCGACUUCAGCGGCAGUGGCACCAACUUCUUAAGCGCAUCUUACGAUCGUUAUGUCAAGUUGUGGGAUACCGAGACUGGAAAAUGCACUAACCAGUUCAACUUGAAACGAGUUGCUUAUUGUGUUCGAUUCAACCCGGACGAGGACAAGCAGCACCUCUUCCUCGUUGGAUGUGCGGACAAGAAAAUACUCUGUUACGACACACGGAGCGGUGAGGUCGUCCAACAGUACGAUCGUCAUUUGGGCGCCGUGAACGCAGUGGCAUUUGUUGAUAACAACAGACGUUUCGUGUCCACCUCCGAUGAUAAAUCUCUUCGCGUUUGGGAAUGGGACAUUCCGGUAGAUUUCAAAUAUCUGGCAGAUCCAUCUCUACACUCCAUGCCGGCGGUGACCGUCUCCCCUAAUGGUAAAUAUCUUCUAUGCCAAUCCUUGGACAAUCAACUGGUCGUAUUCAACGUGUUCGCCGGAUUCAAGCGUAUGCGGAAAAAGAUCUUCCGUGGACACAUGGUCUCCGGGUAUGCGUGCACGGUAGACAUGUCACCCGACCAGCGCUACAUCGUAUCCGGUGAUGGUGACGGUUUCUUGUGCCUAUGGGAAUGGAAGUCGACGCGACUGCUCACCAAAUGGAAAGCACACGAGGGAGUCUGUAUCAAUUGUGCUUGGCUACCGCACGAGACAUCCAAGGUUGUCACAGCUGGUUGGGAUGGGAAUAUCAAGCUUUGGGAUUAG